ACAUGUGUGCAUGAACUUGGUAAAAAAAAUAAAAAUACUGGGACAUGCAGGUAUAUUUGAAGCCCGGAUAUGAAGUUGUGGAUUACGAAGUUAGCUGUUGAAUUCAUUAAUGCGAGACCGUGAACUAAGAAACAAAAAUUAUGAAUAUCUCAACAGUCGACGGACCAAAAGAAAUGUCCUUUUCUGGUGCGGACUAUGGUGUUCUUGGCGCCAUGCUCGCCUUUUCUCUUGGCAUUGGUUUCUACCAGGCUUGUAGCGGGGGUAAGCAGAAGACUGCUGAAGAGUUCUUGAUGGCAAAUCGUAACAUGCACCCUGUUCCCGUGGCUCUGUCUUUGGUGGCGAGCUUUAUUUCGGCUAUAACCUUCCUUGGAACUCCUUCUGAAAACUAUGUUCAUGGUAUAAUGCAUAGCUGGAAUUGGCUUUCCAGUAUUUUAUCAUCCAUCGCAACAGUUGUCUUUUUCUUGCCAACGUUUUACAAUCUUGGCCUAACCAGUUCAAAUGAGUACCUCGAGAGACGAUUUGGUAAACGAGUUCGCAUUCUUGGAACGUUUGCUUUUUCAUUUUAUAUGCUGGUAUAUCUUGGUAUUGUUUUGUAUGCUCCAUCUCUGGCUCUUAAUGCAGUGACUGGACUGAAUCUCUGGGGUUCUGUGUUUUCAAUAGGUAUCGUCUGCACGCUGUACACCGCAAUAGGGGGUAUGAAAGCAGUUCUCUGGACCGAUGUAUUUCAGGUAACAUUGAUGGUGAUUGGUUUCAUAGCUGUCAUCAUUCAGGGUGCUAUUAAUGUUGGUGGUCUUGAUAAGGCAUGGCAUAUUGCUGCUAUUGGUCAAAGAAUGGACAUGUGGGUAUGGAGUACUGACGUCACGGUGCGUCACACUAUAUGGGGAAUUGUGAUUGGUGGAGGUUUCAACUGGACCAGUGUAUUCGGAGUGAACCAGGCACAGGUUCAAAGAUACCUCACAUGCGGAUCCAUUCAAAAAGCAAAAGUAGCCAUCUUAAUUGCAACAUUUGGUAUGAUAGCGGUACAAUUGUUACCUCAUAUAGUGGGCGUGGUCAUGUAUGCUAAUUAUGCUGGAUGUGACCCUAAACUGCAUGGUGUUGUGGCAAGCUAUGAUCAGAUGAUGCCGUAUUUCAUAAUGGAUCUUUUUGGUUCGAUGCCAGGACUUCCUGGUUUGUUGACGUCAGCAGUUUUCAGCGCAGCUCUCAGUACUAUUUCUUCAGGUUUAAAUGCUUUAGCUGCAGUAGCUGGUGAAGAUAUCGUAAAGACUAUCUGGCCUGACAUGACGGAUAAACGAUACACCUGGGUCACCAAAGGACUUGCAAUAUUUUUUGGCGUUAUUAGCAUGUGUUCUGCACUCCUUGCUUCGCAAAUGGGGGCUAUUUUACAGUUUUCGAUGAACAUUUUUGGAAUGUUUGGAGGUCCUGUUCUCGGUCUUUUCUCAUGUGGUAUGUUCUUUCCAUGGAUCAAUGCAAAGGGCGUCACAUUUGGCACUAUUACUGGUCUAGCUUAUUCAUUUUGGCUUGGGAUUGGAGUGCAGAUGUAUCCUAACCCACCCGACGAUCCUCCGCUCACCACCGACCAAUGUCCGAUGUCAAACACGACGACAGACUUGAUGAUGAACACAAAUUAUUUUUCUACACUGGAUUCGACGACACCCGUCUUCGAUGAACUAACUACGAUUGUUCCCAAUGAAUCUGUCUUGGUGAAUUUCUACAAACUUUCUUACACGUGGUAUGGAAUAAGUUCAUGGUUGGUGGUUCUUUUCGUGGCUAAUAUUGUCAGCUUUAUAACUGGUCCGCAAGAUCCGAAGAAACUUGACCCCCGUUUAAUAUGUCCAAUCGUCGACAAGAUGUACUGCUGUCUACCAGAGAAAUGGAAGAUACCAUUACGAUGUAGGGUAGGAGAGGAGUAUAAAGAUGUGGAUUACCAAGCCAUGGAAACUAAAAACAAUGUGAUUCAUGUUGAAGCGAAGAGAGAGGUAGAAUACGACGGUGAUGAUUCUGAACUCUGAUUUUAUUCUUCAGUUCAACAUGUAUUCAUAAUAGUCGGGUGAUACAACAAACAAAGCAUUUAGCACUGCCUUCAGCAGUUAUAUAACAAACCCCGAGAUGAUAUGAUCAUUCAUGGAUCAAAACAGGAGGGAAGUCAAGAAACAAAAACAU